UAGUUUCCCGUGUGUGAAUUCUGAGGUGCAAAACUAGUCUCAAUUGUUCGCAUCAUCCGUACAGAUUACAGGGCAGUCGCCAGAGAACAACAWAUGGCCUCUCUGUCCACSGAAUCGGCGGUGGCGAGAGGCGGAGAAGGCGUGUAUGUGGCGGCAGUGCCCCUAAGAGCCACCAGAGGCCCUGCCCAAUUGCUUGCUUCUGCUGCUUACUCUUUCAACAACUGGGAUUUGCAGCAUUUCAUGGUUAUCAUCGCACCCUCAUCCCCUCCUCCUCAUUCUCAGGCUUUGGUCUUUGAUUUUCAACCUGAAGAUCCGGAAGAUAUACAAGUCGCACUGGCUGCUCUUUCUGGAAAAGCAGUACCAGGGGUUGUUCUCGAGAGGAAGUUGUCGAGGCUGCCAAGAAAGAAAUGUUGGCACAUUGGAACUUGUGAAGCGAACGGCAUAGAAAUGGCACGCAAGUUCAACGGAAGUUGGGACUUGAAUUUGAGGAUUGGUCACCAUGACUGCAGACACUACACAAAUGGUAACAGCAGUUCAUUUCUUGUGUCUAUCUUCUUAAAAUCGAUAUCUAAACUUUGUUGUUUGCGAGGUUUGGAAGGCUUGGUUGAGGCUCUGCUUGGUGAAGAAAAUGUGUUGGCGCGCCUACGCCUAAGGCGGAAUUCGUCAAGCAUAUAAUAAUGUUUUUCUUCUCGUGUGUGUCAGUAUGUAUUAUGUAUCAAUAUUUGGAAUUGUAAAUUCGUCCAUAUUCAAAAUAGUUGCCCUCUUGUUUGUGUAAAUGAGGUAAAGCAACGUGCRAGGUGUUAGGAACGUGGAGCCAAAAUAGAAGCAGAAUGAAGMAAGUAUGAAAGAGGAUGGAAGAAGCAAGUUGGAGGGACUUCUUUGCUGAGGAGACAGCACUGUACGUGCAUACUGUUUCGCAUCCAUAGCACCAUGACGCUGUCACGAUUUAUAAAAACGGUAGCUCGGCGGUUUUAGGUUUUUUGUUUGGCAGAAUUUGUUGGGCAGCAGUGUUUUUGACAGCAUAGAGUAGAGAACGAAUCUUUUGGACUGUGGAGCGUCGUCGGCAACCUAUUCUCGUGUCUCAAUGAAGUUUUUCAUUAUUGUAUCUCUAAGUACCUAUUGUUGUAGUGCUUAGAAGCUAGAUGGUUAUUAUUAAGGCAUUUAGAAAGAACUUUGUAGAGAGUUUGUGACCCAUUGUAAUAUUCUCAAUCAUAGCAGAACCCGCACAUUGUGGAAGAACGUACGUAACUCAUGCUUGGGAUGAACCGGUAUAAAACUUUGUGUCGUUUAUUCUCUCA